CAGAGGCAGGGAAACACACCCGUCAGCAGCGCGCACUGGAGACAAAAAAGCGCAUCACGGACAAAAGAAAUAUGGGUGCGCUGGAGAGGAUUCACCUCAGCCGGGUAACACAAUGGAUGAGCCGCUUCUGUUUCAUUUACCGGGAGACCAAUUAGCCCACCUUAAUGAGGUGCUGGGAUGCAAGAUACUGCAAGCUAAAAAGGCGGAGGGCUGCGUUUAAUCCGUCUGCGGAUCCUAUGAGCUUGCAAUGGCUGUGGCGGGGAUAUGCAACUGGAUAGGGAAUAAUGUGCCUUUUUAUUUUGUGAUAUUUUCCUUAUUUUGUGGCCUUUCGUUUGGACAGUUGAGAUAUUCUAUUACGGAAGAACUAGAAAAUGGGGCACUGGUCGGUGAUCUGGCGCAUGACUUGGGGCUGGAUAUUCGAAAGCUCGCCACCCGAAAAAUUAAGGUAACCUCCAACAGCGGUAAACGCUAUGUGAUUGUCAACCCCAAAAACGGGAAAUUACUCGUCAAUGAAAGGAUCGACAGAGAGGCACUGUGUGAUUUUUCCAACACCUGCCUCAUUAACCUGGAGGUGAUGGUCGAAAACCCCACUGAGGUACACCCUGUCGAGGUGGAGAUUGUGGAUGCCAAUGAUAAUGCGCCGCAGUUCCCCAGAGACGAGUACCAACUGGAAAUCAUAGAGUCUGCUUUACCAGGAUCUCGUUACCCGAUUGAAAACGCGCAAGAUCCAGACAUUGGGUCCAAUUCAGUUCGUAUGUAUCAGCUUAGCACAAACGACCAUUUCGCGCUGGUAUCUAACAAACCCUCCCUCAAUACAAAGCACAUCGAGCUUGUGCUCAAAAAGCCCCUUGAUCGCGAACAGACGCCUUACCACCAAUUAAUUCUGAGUGCUGUGGAUGGUGGGACGCCAGAGAAAACUGGCACGGCUAAAAUCAAUGUCCGUGUCCUGGACUCUAAUGACAAUAUGCCCACGUUUGACAGCUCCGUGUACAAGGUGAAACUGUUGGAAAAUUCUCCCAAAGACACACUGGUAAUUAAACUGAAUGCAACUGAUCUAGAUGAGGGCACAAAUGGAGAGGUGUACUACUCUUUCAGCAGCUACACUCCAGAGAGAGUGAGGCAGAUGUUCAGCAUGGACACUAACACAGGAGAAAUAAGAGUUAGGAGCAAUGUUGACUAUGAAGAGACCAACUCCUAUGAGAUGUACAUCCAGGCGAUGGACAAGGGCCCUGGGGCUGUGGCAUCACAUUGUAAGGUAGUGGCAGAGGUGGUGGAUGUGAAUGACAACGUCCCUCAGAUAGUGUUGUCAUCCCUGUCGAGCCCAGUGAGGGAGGAUGCCCGUGCAGACACAGUCGUGGCCCUCAUUAGCGUUACUGAUCGAGACUCUGGCGCUAACAAGCAGGUGAGCUUAGAGAUCCCAGCAGGCCUUCCUUUCAAGAUCAAGUCAUUCAGAAAUUACUACACUCUGGUUACCUCAGCCUUCCUGGACCGCGAGACCACCGAUGCCUACAAUGUCACUCUGAGUGCCACAGAUGGAGGGAACCCUCCCCUUUCCUCCCAGAAGACCAUACAGGUGGAUGUGGCUGAUGUUAAUGACAACCCACCGCGAUUUGAGCAGACUUCAUAUACUGUCUAUGUGGCUGAGAACAACGCCCCUGGGGCCUCUUUGUGUACCGUGAAAGCUCAAGAUGCAGACAUCAAAGAGAACGCACGCAUCACCUACACAGUGCUCAAUGACAACAACCAUGGCAUCCCUGUCACCUCGUAUGUGUCUGUGAAGGCCGAUACUGGGGAGGCUUAUGCCCUGCGAGCCUUUGACUAUGAGUCACUGAGAGAGUUUCACUUCCAGGUCAAAGCCCAGGAUGGGGGCAUUCCUCCACUCAGCCGCGUUGCCACAGUCUACAUCUACAUAAUGGAUCAGAAUGACCAUUCACCAUUGAUAGUCAACCCUCCCGGCAACGGCACACGCUCCUUGGAGACUGUACAAAAGAACGCAGAGCCUGGUGUCUUGGUGACUAAAGUGGUGGCAUAUGAUGCAGACGCUGGUCCAAAUGCCUGGCUGGUCUACGUACUGGAGACGGCCACUGACCUGGACUUGUUCAAGGUGCACGAACACACCGGUGAGAUCAGAACCACUCGGAGGAUCCUGGAGGACAACUUCACCUCCUUUGCUCUAACCGUUGUAGUGAAGGACCAUGGGCAGCCUACUCUCUCCUCCACCGCCACCAUCAACGUGGCCGUCAUGGAGGUCCCACCCAAAGUGGCUCCUGAUCCCAAGAGGAUCAUCCGACCUCACAGCACGCUGCUCUUCUCCAACGUGACCCUCUACCUGAUUGUGGCUUUGAGUGCCACCACCUUUGUUUUCCUGGUCACUGUGGUGGUGCUGGCAAUAGUCCGCUGUCAUGCCUACUGCACCCAGCCUGGGUCCUGCUCUCCUUGCUGUGUGUCACAGAAGCCCCCUCCAGAUGGUGGGAGCAGCAGCGUAAGUGCUGGUGGGGGAGGCGGCGGUGGUGGAGCCGGGGCACAGCCUAAUAACAAUGUGGUGCUUCGGAGAGACCUUAAAGUGGAGCCUCACUACAUCGAAGUGCGCGGGAAUGGCUCCCUAACAAAGACUUACUGCUACAAGACCUGCCUGACAGCCACCUCUGGCAGUGACACCUUUAUGUUCUACAACACAGGACGUCCCAUCAGUGGCACCUGGGGCAGCGGUGCUGACCGCUUCUUCACCAGUGGAAGUGGAUUUGUACGCAGACUGAGUAUGCCUGAUGCCUCGAUGCAACUCUGCCCAGAGCCAAAAGCCCCGAAUGCUGACUGGCGAUAUUCUGCAUCUUUGAGGGCAGGGAUGCAGAGCUCGGUUCACAUGGAGGAGUCCUCUGUGAUGCAGGGAGCACAGGGGAUGCUGGUUCAGAACUGGCCCACUGUGUCCAGCGCUGCAGAUGGAGAGGGUGGCGGAGAGCUAUCACCCCCAGUGGGCGCGGGAGUCAACAGCAACAGCUGGCACUUCAGGUACGGCGCCGGACAAAGCUACGGCCCUCCUCAGGCCCUGAAGCCUGGAGAGAUUCCCCCUGAAGCCUUUAUCAUCCCCGGAUCCCCAGCCAUCAUUUCUAUCCGCCAUGACGCCGGCCCUGUGGAUGACAAAGGUGACUUCAUAAGCUUUGGCAAGAAGGAGGAGGCCAAGAAGAAGAAAAAGAAGAAGAAGGACAAGAAGGACAAGAAGGAGAAAGGAAAGGAUGACGGGGGAGAUGAAUAGAGGAGAAGGGGUGACUUGAAAACAGAGCUACCAACAAUCUACGAUCCCCAUUACAGAGCCAGAAAAAAAGCCAAAUGCAUAUUGUAGAACCCAGGGAGCCUCUUUGCACCAUAUCUGCAUAGACGUUGUACAGUGGCCAAACCUUCAUUAGACCAGGCCUGGCUCCCUACACCAUGUGAACUUGCAAAACAAAUGCUUCUCUCUUUUUCUUGGCUCAUUUGGCCCAUAACAUUGGCCUAUAAACGUCCAUGGUUUAUGGUAAACAAAUGUUUACUGGCUGGACCAAAUUAAAACAGAAAGGAUUUUAUUGGAUUAGAUUAACCUUUCUGUCAUUUAGUGCGCCCCCCAGCCAAACUAAAAAAAAUUAAACAGAGGCUUUUGUCUUCGGUAUUGUGGAGGCCUUGUAGAAAUUCAGAAAAUGUGGUCUUUUGUAAUAAAAACAAAAUGAAAGGUAACAACAUACAGUAUAUGUACCAUGAGAUUAGCACCCUUGAGGUGGCUGAGACAAGCAGGACCACACUCUAAUAAAUAGCUCUGUUUCAGUGUAACAUAGCACAUUGCAGAGGCUGAGGACCUGGACUGGGUUGCACCAACUAUGCGCAAGUUUGUUCCCAGGUUAGAGUAUAAAGUAGUGGCUUCAUAACUGCUAGUUAAUUUGCAAUUAGCAAGUUAAAAAUUCGAUUGUACCAUGGGUAGUUAAGGUGGAAUUCUACGGCUGUAGCUAGUUAUAAUAUUAAGAUUUCAGAUGAGUAGCCAAUCAGUAUAUAGCAUUACCUUGCUGAUGGGUACAAACCACAUGGAUUUGUAGUUGACUAGAUUGGUAUAGAAAUUGCGACUGGUUAUUAGAAUCCACAAUUGACUAUUAAAGGACAAUACAAGUUUUUGCACGUUUAAAACCAUUCUCUACCAAUCCACUUUACGUCACAGACCAUUGUAUUUGGUACAUUUAAAAGAAAUGUAAUCUUUUCCAUUGUUUUUUUACACAAAAAUAAAUUAGCUGAGACUGAACUUUUUUGCAUUUCAAAAUCCAUUGAAGUUUGGUUUUAUUGUUGUUUAAGUUACAUUUUCAUCACAUGGUAAUGUAGAUGAAGUGCAGAUUCAUGCAAGAACUGCAUAAUCACAGUGAUGUAAUAUGGCUAAAUUAAACAUGGACAUAAUCCAUUACGUAUGUCAAGCAAGUCUCAGCACGUUUAUUUUAAUAUUGUAUGGAAUGGGAUGGAAACCAGAGUCUGCUUAAAAAAAGACACAUUGAAAAAUAUAAAAACUCAAUUAGAAAGUCAGUCAUCAGUAGUGUGUAAUUUGUAGAAAAUGGGUGGAAACAUCCAAAAUCACUGCUACAGUCCUUUAACUUGCAAAAAUGUAAUUGAUAAAGAAAAAAAUAUGCUGCGAGCAAAAAAAA